UUAAAUGCAAUAAAUACACAUUACUGUAAGUCUCCGGGUGAAACCAACAUCAGUUUAUAUAUAUAUAUGUAAGAUGGAUAUUGUCAAAUCUGCUGUGUGCAUUUUUGGCUUUCUAUUGUGCCAUCCUGAAGCGGAAGGCGGAAAUGUUGACUUUGCAGAUAGAACAUUUGUUUCUGUCUGGAACGCGCCGUCUGCUAUAUGCGAGAGCAAAUUUGGUGUACAGUUAGACCUCUCUUACUUUGACAUAGUCGCGAACCAUAAUGACACAUUUGCAGGAGAUGAAAUUGUGAUUUUCUACGGAAGCAGAUUGGGACUAUUACCGAGUAUAGAUGCUCACGGGAAGUUCAUACACGGAGGAUUACCGCAGCUCGCCAAUAUCACAGCGCACUUAGCCAAGGUUACAAGUGACGUAGAGCACUACAUGCGAAAUGUUGGCUUUAACGGUCUUGCCGUGAUUGACUGGGAAUCCUGGAGGCCAAUUUUCAGAAGAGACCAUUAUAACACAGAAAUGAGGCGGUACAUACAGGCAUCCGAGGACCUCGUUCGCAAACAUCAUCCUGAUUGGUCAAAGGGUAAAAUUGAAGAUGAGGCUCGUAAGGAGUUUGAAAAUGGUGCAAGAAUAUUCAUCCAGUCUACGUUAGACACGUGUAGAAAACUGAGACCUGGUGGUUAUUGGGGCUUGUACUUGUUUCCUGAAUGUUACAAUCGCGGACAUGGCGAGAGGCACUGUUCUAACACCACAGAAGAACUCAAUGACAGACUGAGCUGGAUGUUCAAAGCCAGCACCGCAUUAUAUCCUUCCAUCUACCUGAAAGAAUCUGGGACAUCCGUGGAUAAGUACGACCAUGUGUAUGGAGAACUAAAAGAAGCUCUUCGCGUGAAGAAAGCAUACGGUGGAAAAAAAUUAGCAAUAGCUCCAUAUUCAAAAAUCAGAUAUAAAGACACAAAACACUUUUAUAAUCAGGCAGACCUAAACAACACCAUACUACAGGCAGCGGAAGCUGGUUUGGACGCUAUUGUAUUGUGGGGCAGUUCAUCCUCUUAUAGAAGCGCACGUCAAUGUGAAGAAACACGGGAUUACUUGGACUCGACUCUUGGUCCCUUCAUCAGGAAUGUCACAAUAGCGGCACGGAACUGCAGUGACGAGCUGUGUAAUUCUCACGGACGAUGUUUUAAAACUGACUGGAGUUAUAAAUCAGACACGCCCGAUACACUUUUCUUUGAACCUGCUUCAAAUGGAUUGUUUAAAAGUCUGGUUAAAAUGCUACUAGAUACUAUAUCUGGUGCAAUUAGGGAGAUAGGAAGAUCAAUCAGAGCUACAGAUGUUGCCGAACCUGGUCAUACUGGCGGACUCUAUCAGCGCUUUUCUGGAUUUUCGUGCAGUUGCUUUGAAGGUUGGACAGGAGAGUACUGUCAGCGGAGGAGUUUUUAAAAUAACUAUAAAUAAUAUUCAUAUUUGAUACCCUUAGAACAUAUUUAAAUCAUAACGGUGAAACUGCACCUGUGGAUAAUAAUCAAAAUAUUACGAGCAUAAAAUCAUAAAAUCAAGAAGAGUCUGUCGACUUGAAAAUAAGUUUUACUAAAAAUAAUUUCAAUAAACUGACACUGUUUACAUUCAACAUGAAAAAUCCUUAGAAACAUCCAUUGCUGCUUUUGCGUCUUUUUUCAAAACGUCUGGAAACUAUGGUGUUGUUGUUUGUUUUUUUUUUCAAUCAUUGCUUAGAAUGUAAAAAGUGUGUUUAACUAUGUCACUUAAAGUGAUUAACAUUGUAUACCACUUGCUACUAUAAAUACGCUGUAUGCAGUGUCAAAUAUUCUAUAAAACAUACAUUCUUAGA